CGCGCUGGCCGGGGGGUGGCGCUCCUGCUGCCGCGCGUGUUCCCCCCCGCGGGUCGGGAAGUUUCUUACGGCGCGGUUUGUUAAUGGUCAGGGACUCUUUGGCGUUUCAGCAAAAGGACCGAAAAUCCAAAAAGUCAACCUGGAAGUUUUGCCUUGACCUGACCCAUCCUGUGGAAGAUGGAAUCUUUGAUUCCGGGAAUUUUGAGCAGUUCCUAAAGGAGAAGGUUAAGGUCAAUGGGAAAACUGGAAACUUGGGCAACACCGUUCACAUUGAACGUCUGAAGAACAAGAUCACAGUGACAUCUGAGAAGCAGUUUUCUAAAAGGUACCUGAAAUACCUCACCAAGAAGUACCUCAAGAAGAACAACCUGCGGGACUGGCUGCGCGUCGUCGCGUCCGACAAGGAGACGUACGAGCUGCGCUACUUCCAGAUCAGCCAGGAUGAGGAGGGCUCGGAGUCCGAGGAGUGACCCAGCCUUGGCUUCAUGCUCAGUGCAGAGUACAAAAGACUAGAACAUCUAUUUAUAAGAACACUUUAACUUAUUGGUGAAUAAAGAUUUUGUACCCUGUUGGACAGAG